CGGAACCAAAAGAUGCAGAAUACGGCUGCGAGGUGGGGCUGAAUAAUUGGCAGAGUUGAGUGUUACAUAAUAUCCUGCGAGAGUUUGUCUUUCACAGUCACGUCACAUCCUACCUGAGGGUCCCUCCCUACUGAGAGUCACACCCAACCUAAGGGUCACACCCUACCUAAGGGUCACACCCUACAUAAGGGUCACACCCUACAUAAGGGUCACACCCUACCUAAGGGUCACACCCUACCUAAGGGUCACACCCUACCUAAGGGUUACACCCUACAUAGGGGUCAUACCCUACCUAAGGGUCACACCCUACUUAAGGGUCACACCCUACCUAAGGGUCACACCCUACCUGAGGGUCUGUCUACCUGAGGGUCUGCCAUCCCAGUAAUCAUAAUGUCCAACAGGGCACUCCAUGGCAGCCCACAGCUUGGGGGUCGUGGCUACAUGUCCCUCUCUGAAACCAAUCGUGCCCAUCGACCUGCGUCGCUCACAGGAAGUGUGCCAUCCUCACAUCAUCAAAUAAGCAGUGCCUUGUUACAUCAUCAGCACCAGAAAAAUCAGCCAGGGAGCCGACACAGUCUAAGCGGACCCUCUCUUCCUUCCCCUCACGUCCCCGUCACCUCCUCCCACUCCAAGUAUCCUCCACCCCUACGAGAGCAGAGAGGUAGCCUUGGUGGAAUUGGCCAUGGGUCAGCCACAACAACACAGGUCCAUCAUGUGCAACAACCUGGUAUGUGGGCCAUGCCACAGAUGAAGCACAUAGGGGGACCAGCGAGUCAAAGCACACCGGCUGAACAGACUAAGAAAACAAAGGGGAGGAAGAAAAGUCGAGGCAACAUGUUGGACACUGAUAGACCAUGUAAGGAGCACAGUUUCAUCACCAACGUUGACGAUGUGCAAAACAUGCAAGAUGGUCUGCUACAACUCAUGAGAGAGUUUGAGACAGGCAAACUCAGUGCUUUUGAUGAGCACUGUUCUUUUGAGAAGAUGAACAAUGUCCGAGACCUCCAGGAGAAACUUGGGAGGAUGCAUUUCAAGAUGGAGUCGGACAUCCAAAAUGCAGGUGCAAAUACUAAAGAAGGAAUUGACACUGCUAGCCAGAAUAUGGACCAUCUUCUUUCAAACCUGGACCAACUGAGUAUGGCGAUCCGAAGCUUACAUCCCCCAAGCGACUCCGCUACUGCCUUCCACCCUGACCAGCCUAUAUGACCAUCAAUGAGUGAUGACAACAGGUAUAGCAAUUAUUGAUUACAGACAUUGUUGAAAUCACAAGUGUUGAUAUGUGUAUAUAUUUAGUUUGCGGUAACACCAUGUGUGUAUCUACUUGCCAGGUAGACUAUGUUCUUCUGAGAAAUUGUCUUACUUUUUAUAUUCUACUACCCCGACAAGAAAGAUUUUCGGAAUUCGGGAGACUUCUCAGUUCUGAAAAGAACUGUCCUGCUUAUAAACUACUACCUUGGGUGGAAGGUACAAAACUACUUUGGCUUAAGUGGAUCGGGGGGACUUCUCUCCACUAUCGAGGAUGUUUCGACUAGCUUGCUCUAGUUACAUCACUUCACUACUGCGGAGUAAAUUCUUAAUUGGUCUCAAUGUUUCGACUAGCUUGCUCUAGUCAUCGUCAGGAGAUAUUUUGAUGUGUAGAUUCCAUCUUCUCGGAGAGGUUCGUUGGAAGUUCUUGACUGGUACCUGUGCGUAGGUGGUCGUCUUUACCCCUGCUAAAAAUGACACACUGUGUCUGUGGCAAUAUUUGACUGUUUAACAACAUGUGAUGACAUCUGUUACUUUUUCCACCUAUCAACCAGCCGUUGAUUUCACCAAACUCUUCCUAACUUAGGAUUAAUCUUAGGACUUGGGACGAGUCCCAGCCUUGCACCAUGACAUGCAAACCCUAAGAUUUAUCCUAAGUUAGGACGAUUUACUUAGAUUUAUCCUAAGUUAGGACGAUUUACUCAUCCUAACUAGAGAAAGGAUUAAACCUAGCGAUUCGGGAAAUCGACUGCAGAGCUUCCAAAGAGAACACCGCCCUCUGCCACAGCUCUAGGCCUAAUUUCAUAAAGCUGCUAAGCAGAAAAUUCAGCUAAGCAAAUACCUUUUCUAACCACGUAAAAAAGGAGGGUUGACUUCUCAGCUUAUUGCUAGCACUAAGUUAACCAUAAUGACUCAAGAAAUACUCAUCAUGCUUUAAUGUUGUUCAUCAAUUUAAUAUUUCAUCCAAGUAAAAGCAACAACAUUCCAAAAACUAUUUAUAAAACAAAUGAAAGUAAGAAUCAUUGCAGAAAUUGAUUACUUUUUAGCAUUUUUUAAGGUAAAACGAUUUACAAGGUAAACCUAUGGGCGCUUAUGACAAUGGGCAUUGGAAUGAUUUGGCUCCUCUUUCCUUUUAUAUACAUCGAGUAUACACCUGGAAUUUUUUAGACUAAUAUUUAGGAAUUGUUAAACUAUAUUUUAACAAUAAUCGUCACAAAGGUCACAAAGACGGUGCCAUUAUGGGUUCAUUUUUUUUCCUUUUCAUUUAUGUAAAUUGUUUAUGGUGAAAUGUGACGAACACCAAUUGGUCAUUUGAAUUGAGAUACUAUAGCUAAUACACCCGAGCCCCAAAAUGAAACCUGCUUAGCAGGAAUGAUAAAGUAUAGCUUUACCAAAUCUACAGUAAAGUAAAGCUAAGUAAAAGUGGGGUAAGGAACCGGUGACGAGCACUGUACCGGCCAGGUACUAUACAAUUAACAUGCCAAGCCAUGUAUGUUGGCCCCGGAACCUGUAUAAGGAACCGGUGACGAGCACUGUACCGGCCAGGUACUAUACAAUUAACAUGCCAAGCCAUGUAUGUUGGCCCCGGAACCUGUAUACACAAUUUUUUGGUGUUCUGGCCAAGGAAUAUUUCUAAUACACCACACAGAGAUUAUAACUCAAGGGAAAUAAAACAAAUCACAUACUGCAGUUCUGUUUGCCCACAACAUCAACAUUUUAUUCAAGAUAACUAAUUUCAGCUUUCAAAUUAUAUAACUUUCAUUUGGCAAAAAUAGCCUGGGGAUUUCCAGCCUUCUGUGGAUUACUUGGAAUUCCAGACUAUUAAAGUCUUCCCUACAAACUAAAACCUUUGUAACUUGCUACCAAUAUACACACCUAGUAUCCCCAACUCUGUCCCUUGAAUAAAUUGAGCUUUUUCUUUUUACUAAAGAUUUUAAAUCACACCAUGGAGCUAUACACAAAAAAGAACUCCAUCACCACAACAACUAUGAGAAGCUACGAUUUUAUUUUAACCACAAUGUUUUUAAACAUUUGUGGCGAAUUCGUAAGAAGAAUGGCCAGCCAUAAGACAGAGUGUGAGUGUUGCUUUUGGGUUUGUUUGAACAACAUUUUCAGAGUGUUUCGAAUAAUGGAUGAGUUUGAGAAAUUUGUGAUAUUCCUUUUUUUUUGAAUGACUGACCACUUCUUUUACAAUACUAUAGUACCGUCCCAGGACAUAAAAUAAUGAAAACUAAUAAUGAUGAACCAAAUUAUGUUAGUGAAGCUAAUAAAAGAAUAUUGUAAUUGUUAAUCUCGGUGGCUUUUGAUGGA